CUUCAAUUGCUGAACUCAACAAGAGCUUAACAGCCUAACAACUAGCUACUGAAAGGAGGUGGAGACAAGAUGAUGAGGCAUGUCGCAUCGAAGAUGCGGCCUCUGCGAUCCAGCAGGCAGGGCAUCCACAGGACAUUCUCGGCAGCUUCGAGGUCCUCAAGGAAUUGCGCACCAAGUGGUUCGGCCGUCGUGCAUAGAAUGAACGACAACUACUACAACAAUUACAAGCAAGACGGCUAUGCUUCGGCUGACGGCGGCGCUAUCCCUUUCGCUCUAGGUGCAGCCGCUGCAUCAUUAGCUGCACUCGGUCUAUUUGUUCCUUUCGCGCCACCUCGCAAUCUGAAGGAGAUCCCCAAUGAAGCGUUUGUCUUCAUCAAGCCGCAUGCGCAAACACCAGAAGCGCGACGCGCAGUCAGGGAUGAGUUACGCGCACGAGGACUGAAGAUCACGCAGGAAGGGGAAAUCAGUGGGAAAGUCAUCGACGAAAAAAACUUGGUGGACAAUCACUACUACGCCAUUGCUAGUAAAGCCACACUGCUAGAACCCAAGGAUUUGAACGUCCCCAAGGAGAAGUUCAAGGAGAAAUUUGGUAUAAUUAAUUUCAGGAUUCUGAUUCGUUUUAGGCUUGCACUGCUCUGACUAAACUUGUUCUAAACAGGAAAUACAACUUGUACUCCCCUGUGUUGCACUUUUAAUAACUCAUUCACCAUCGUUGAUCCUCCAACAUAAAAAAAGGUCUCCCCUGGGACGACGCGCUGAAAAGAGGAAUAGUUGUGAAUGCCAAGCAAGCAUGUGAGAAGUGGGGCGUGGAUUCGGAGACCCUCAAUGCAGAAUGGGCCAAGAGCAAGAACGCAGGAAAAUUGGUGAAAUUUGGAGGAGGAUUCUAUUAUGGUGGCUGGUAGUAGAAAUGCAAUUCAUUGCAAAUGGAAAUGAAAUUCCUGGUACUUCUAAAUACGGGAUGAAUAAAUUAGAUUUACAUGGUGCUUUUUUUCUCGUACAAACAACGGCUCUAGUCUACUAGCCUGUCUAAUGUCUUGUACUUAAACUCGUUCCAAGAACGGCUCUACGAGUCUGUCUAAUGUCUUGUACUUAAACUCGUUCCAAGAGCAAAUUUCUCCUUCUAAUCUUGUUGCGGCCUCGUGGAUUCGAUGCCUGGUAAGCCUCCUCUCUACGUGAUGAACGGUUUCUUCAUGAGCAUGCGACAGAACUACGUUGCGCCUGGUGCCAGUAUCUACUACUUCAUUGUGCAGUGGGAUGCGAAAAAGUUGUCGUGGGAAGAUUUCAGAGGAAAAGUCCUCGGACCUACGGAUCCGGCUUCGGCGCCGAGUGACAGCUUGAGAGGUACUCUGGUUACUUUUUAACGAAGACUAUUUGCACGUGGUGGCACAAUCUCAGAGGACGCAGAGUCAUGCUCUCCGAGAAGUAUGCAUUACCUCACAAAUCUUCACCAAAUCCAAACAAGGUCUCUUCAUUUACUCAUCAAACAAGGUCUCUUCAUUUACUCAUCAAACAAAUUUUCUUCAUUUACUCAUCAAACAACAAGGUCUCUUCAUUUACUCAUCAAACAAGGUCUCUUCAUGAACUCAUGGCGCAAUUUGAACUUGGAUGCGCCUCCGGAUAUCGGAAACAACGCUGUACACGCUUCUGCCUCUCCAUUUGA